AUGCAAAAAAAGAAAGGACAUUCUAAGAAUCUAUCUAAAUAAGCUGUUGAUCUUAUUAAUUACUAUAAUAACUUAAAGACAUCUAUAACUAAUGAAUGUGCUAUCAUGAAUCUAAAUAAAAAAAUAUCAUUAUAUAUUGUUGAUCAACGUAAUAUUGUUUCUAAUUCUAAUUAUAGCUAUUGCUGAAGAGGAUGUAGAAGAUUCUCCUAUUUCACUUAAAAGAAAUUGCUCAAAGACUCAACAUAUCAAUAUCAAUAUUUAUUCCUAAGCUUAUGAUUUAGAUGAAGAAUUAUAAUAGGAUGUAAAAUAAUUAAAAUAAACCUUGAAUUAAAGUAUUCAUCUUUUAUUAAAAUUAGGAAUUACAUAAUUAAAAAGCAUUAUUAAUCAAUCAGAAAAAAUGAAGAACAACAAAAAUUAUAAUAAUAAAGAAAAUUAAAGCUAAAAUAAUCAAAAUACUGCUAAUAAAAUUUCGAUUAGAAAGAGAGUUUGA